AUGUACCUUUCUUAUUUUAUGCACAAAAUCACCUGCAACUCUAAUCUACGUUGCUUCCGGUUCCUCCGUUGGACCAUCCUGACACCUCUGGUCCUCUAUUUGACGCUUCUCUUCAUCAAGUACAACAAGAACGUGCCCCUGAAAAGAUUGCCCGCCUCGUCGACCGAGACAGACAGCGAGGGCUCAGUGAUAGAGAAUCUGUUCGUCGAGCUAGAAGCAGUGACAGCUAGUCAAGGGGUCGACGAGCGUUACAGGAGCGCGGGACUGAAUCGAAGGGUCGAGGAGAAUAUAAGGGAGGUGGAAGAGGCGGAGAACCGGGAGAAUCCGAGAACCCUGCUCGAGGAUAUAUUUCAAAGGGCCGACACUGAUCAGGAUCAGUUGCUGGAUAUCCAAGAACUGGCCAAGUGGAUUUACAUCAAGAUCACCGAGCACGUCAGCCGUGCUAUGAGCGAGAAUGUUGGCUUGUUCACUGCUAUUGACAACAAUCCACGAAAUGGUAAGGUGUCGUGGGAAGAGUACCACGCUUACUUUCUCAGGAUUCACGGAUUUCCAGAGAGCUACAUCAGCUCACACGACAAGAAGCACAGCGAUAUGUCGCGGACGCUUAAGGAGAGCAUCAUGAGAGACAGAGCCAGAUGGGCGGAAGCGGCUAGAAACGAUCCGGAAAGACUUGCUCUCGACGAGUUUCUGGCUUUCACUCACCCUGAAAGCAGCCACAGAGCUCUGCUACAAAUGGUGGAGGAUUUGUUUGAAAAAUUCGACCGCGAUGGAGACGAACAGCUGACAGAGGACGAAUUCUCGGAUUUGCCAGCCGACCGAGUGGGUCUGGAUUUAAGGGAAGACAGACACGAGACCGUGGGUGGAAGCGAAGACAGGCGACAGGAGUUCAGGCAUCUUAUAGACAAGAAUAAAAAUGGGAAAGCGGAUAGAACGGAACUUUUGAUGUACAUAGAUCCAAGGCAUCCGAGGCAUGCUAUACAAGAAGCUCAACACUUGAUAAGCCUGUCCGAUACAAAUCAGGAUGGAAAGCUGAAUCUUUCAGAGAUUCUGAGCAAAAUGGAACUGUUCCUGGGCAGCAAAAUGGUGGACACUGCAGGAAGUUUCCACGAUGAGUUUUAA